ACACUUAAUGAUGCAUGGGAUUCUGCAGAUUUUUAGCACAUUUGGACAUCACCAGAAGUACCAGUCCUCCAGUACGGAACCUAUCUCCUCCGUGUUUGCCAAUCGCCACCCUACCACAACCUGCGCGAAGAACUAAGACUGUGAGGUGGAGGCGAGGACACACCCGCAUACUGUAGCUCUCCAACACCGGUGCACGCGUGGUGAUGCUGCAGACAACAGGAUUAUCUGAUUAACGGUGCAGAGUAGGACAUAUAUUUUUCUUCUUCUCGGGAAAUAAAACACACCGCUGGCCGCUGGCAAUUUACCCCAUUAUAUCAGGUGACAAAUGGGAACAGCAACUAACACCCAGUUUUGAACAAGGUGACUGCUGACGGAUCAAUCCAUGAGGUGACAUCCUGUGAGAUCCUGUGGCCGCCCGGUCUUUACGGCAUUGAAUCCCCUCCCUCUCCUCCGUCCCCCUCCCAGCAGUUUCCUGGCUGAAAAGCGCAGGCUCCCUGCUCCCCCAGCAGAAUGACUGUAGCCACUGGCGACCCCUCUGACGAGGCGGCAGCGCACCCGGGGAACGAGUACGACCCUGACGCUGACCACGAGUGCUGCGAGAGAGUGGUCAUCAACAUCUCUGGGCUGCGUUUUGAGACACAGCUUAAAACCCUCUCCCAGUUCCCCGACACUCUGCUGGGGGACCCCAAAAAGAGGAUGCGCUACUUCGACCCACUGAGGAACGAGUAUUUCUUCGACCGGAGCCGCACCAGCUUUGAUGCCAUUCUCUAUUUUUACCAGUCAGGAGGGAGGCUACGGCGGCCGGCCAAUGUGACCCUCGAUAUUUUCUCAGAGGAGAUCCGUUUCUAUGAGCUGGGGGAUGAGGCCAUUGAGCUCUUCAGAGAGGAUGAGGGUUUUGUCAAGGAGGAAGAGAGGCCACUUCCUGACAAUGAGUUUCAGAGGCAAGUGUGGCUGCUCUUUGAGUACCCAGAGAGCUCGGGUCCCGCUAGGAUUAUCGCUAUCAUCUCCGUCAUGGUCAUCCUCAUCUCUAUCGUAAGCUUCUGCCUGGAAACCUUGCCCAUCUUCCGCAACGACGACGACGAACCUCACAGUGUCUUUGACACCAAUACCAACACCACAAUCUACUUCACGUCCACCUACUUCACCGACCCUUUCUUCAUCCUGGAGACGCUCUGCAUCAUCUGGUUCUCCUUUGAGUUCCUGGUGCGCUUGUUCGCCUGCCCCAGCAAAUCUGGCUUUUUUGGUAACGUCAUGAACAUCAUUGACGUUGUUGCCAUCAUCCCUUACUUCAUCACCUUGGCCACAGAGCUGGCUGAGAAACCAGAGGAUGGCCAGGCGGGUCAGCAAGCCAUGUCCCUGGCGAUUCUCAGGGUCAUCCGUCUAGUGCGAGUCUUCCGAAUUUUCAAGCUCUCGCGACACUCCAAGGGUCUUCAGAUCCUGGGCCAAACCCUGAAAGCUAGUAUGAGGGAGCUCGGUCUGCUGAUCUUCUUCCUCUUUAUUGGAGUCAUACUUUUCUCCAGUGCUGUCUACUUUGCGGAAGCUGAUGAGCCCGAAUCGCAAUUUGAAAGCAUCCCAGACGCCUUCUGGUGGGCUGUUGUCUCCAUGACGACAGUAGGGUAUGGUGACAUGGUCCCGACCACCAUUGGUGGCAAGAUUGUGGGCUCCCUCUGUGCCAUUGCAGGUGUGCUGACAAUUGCCUUGCCCGUGCCUGUCAUUGUUUCCAACUUCAACUACUUCUACCACCGUGAGACAGAGGGCGAGGAACAGGCCCAGUGCCUAGGCCCAGUCACCAAAGAGGACUCGAAUGAAGAGCUGAAAAAGAGCCGGAGCGGCUCAACCAUCAGUAAAUCAGACUACAUGGAGAUCCAGGAAGGGGUGAACAACAGUAUUGAGGACCUCCCUGAAGAGAACCUCAAGACUCAGGCCAACUGCACGACGUUGGCCAACACAAACUAUGUCAACAUCACCAAAAUGCUCACAGACGUGUAGCCAGCCGGCAGGCAUUGUCCUCUCGGUGAGGUUGAGGGGUCAAAGGAUAGGACAGGUGUGUAGCCUCCUCUUUCACAUGUGCUGCUGGAAUAUCAAGGCAAUAGAUUCAGGACGUAUACCUGUACUCGUCUCUUGUGAGUGGUGAGAAACACCAGAGACCAUGUGCUCACUCCUCCCCUAACUCCCCCUGUUAGCUCGUCACACCUUGCCCUCAAACUGACCUUCUGUCAGAUUUAAAAUCUUAUAAUCCACAUUUUGCUUGUUGAUGUCUGCAUGGAGUUGGCUUUGUCAGUGUGACUUUUUCAAAUAACCUGUUCACAACAGUAGUACAAAAAAUAGGAGAAAUGUAGUUUAAAAAACACACCACCAACACAGCUUCAGCCCCCCUGUGCCGGCCCCUACCCUGGUCUCCCUUCAUUGCUAAAGGCACACUGCGCGUCUGAAGAGUCUUGUAUGCGUGUUACAAUAUGCUGCUUCCUGGAGCAAGUGAAAGAAACCCAUUCUGUGGUGAACUACUUGGAGAUUAUAGAACGUGUGAGCAUUAAGCAAGCGUGCGGCGCUGCUGAGGCCUGUCAUGACCUGAGUCGGAGGAGUGUGAUACUGUAGUAGCAAUCCACACGAUUUACGGGAUAUCAGCUCCAUACGCUUAUGAUGGUUUGACUUAUUUUCUUCAGUAGACAUCAGUAUCUGAUGAAUGACUGAGAAUGUCCUUGACUUUUCACACUGCUUUAGUCUUACAUGAUGUAUGUGUUUACUGUACAUUGCAAUGCAAACAUCCCUCCUCCACUCACCUGCAUCAGUCUGAACCAGUCUUACUGCAGAUUUGAGGACAAAGUGAAUGUCUCUUCCUCUUUCAUAAGAAAAAAGAAGUGUACUCAUUUACAUACAGAUAGGUAAGUAGUUGUGACUGUAACUGAUACAGUAGCUAGAUACGGUAGGAAAUGUAGGUAGUAACUGUAGCCAGUUGAUUGUUGCAUGGAGUUCUUAACUGAAUGAAUGUUCUCACUCACACAACUAUCAUUGCUCCAAAGACACAGUUUAUUGUCUUGCUCUCUAUAACCUUCUAUCAUACAUGUGAAGGGGUGACUAUAAAGUGGGUAUCAUACAUGUAAGUAUUCACCCCCCAUGGAUUUUCUCACGUUUUGUUGCCUUACAAAGUGGGAUUGAAAUAUAAUUCAUUGUGAUUUUUUUGCCAAUGAUCGACAUAAAAUAGUCCAGAAUGUCAGAGUAAAAAAAAACAUUUAAACACAAUUUGACAAAGUAUUCACUCCUUUUGUUUACUCAAGUCGAAAUGAGUUCAGGAGUAACAUUUGUCUUAACAAAUCACAUAAUCAUUUACAUGGACUCACUCUGUGUGAAAUUAUAGGGGUUGACAUGACAUUUGAAUAACUACCCCUUCCGCUGUCCCCCAUAUACAGUAUACAACAUCUGUAAAUUCCCUCAGUCAAGUAUUGAACCUCGAGCACAGAUUCAACUACAAAGACCAGGGAGAUUUUCAGAAACCUCAUAAAGAAGGACAGGGAUUGGUAGAUGGGUAACAAUAACAAAGUAGACAUUGAAUAUCUCUGUAAGCAUGGUCAAGUGAAUAAUUCUGCUGUUAGAUUAGGUCAAACAUACAGUCGUCCUUCUAGACUGAGCUGCAGGGCAGGAAGGAAACUGCUCAGGGAUGUCACCCUGAGGCCAUUGGUGAUUUUUUUAAACGGUUACAGAUUUCAAUGGCUGUGAUGGGAGAGAACUGAUCAACAACAUUGUAGUGACUGCACAAAAAUGAUUUAAAAAGAAGAAUCCACAUUUUCAGAAUAUAAAUAUUCCAAAACAUGCAUCAUGUAUGCAACAAGGCACUACAUUAAUACAGAAAGAAAACAUGUUUGGGGAAAAUCCAACAGAACACAUCACUGGCUGCAUCAUGGUAUGGGUAUGCUUGAAAUAGGCAAAGACUGCUGAGUUUUUCAGGAUAAAAAUAAAUGGGAUGAAGCUAAUCACUGGCAAAAUCCUAGAGAAAAACCUGCUUCAGUCUGCUUUACACCAGACAAUGGGAGAUUAAUUCACCUUUCAGCAGGACAAUAAACAACAACACAAGUGCCAAUGUACACUGGAGUUGCACACCAAGAAGACAGUGAAUGUUCUUAGUGGCCAAGUUACAGUUCUGACUUAAAUCUGCUUGACAAUCUAUGGCAUUACUUGAAAAUUGCAGUCUAGCCAUGAUCCCCAACACCUUGACAAAGCUUGAAUGAUUUUGAAAAUAAUAAUGGACAAAUGUUGCAUAAUCCAGGUGUACAAAGAUCCCAGAGACUUACCCAGAAAGACUCAUCGGGGUGAAUACUUGUCUAAUCAAAGUACUGUAUAUUAGUGCUUUAUUUUUCAUUCAUCUUUAAAACAUUUUGGAACUUUUCUUCCACUUUGACAUUACAGAGUAUUUUGUGUCGAUCGUUGACAACAAAAAGAAAAAGACAAAAAAAUGACAUCUAUUUUAUUCCCACUUUGUAACACAAUCAAAUGUGAAGAAAUCCAAGGGGGUGAAUACUCAUAAUAGGCACUGUAGGUUAUUAUCUAACAAGCUACAAGGGUGUCUAAAAGGUUACCACGCCCCAAACCGGCCCUAUAGUUUGGAGGAUAUUGUGUUCCUGACAUUUGCCCCAAAUAUAACAUUCCAGCCACACCGCUGAGCUGAAAACAUAGAGGUGUUUAUAUACCGCAGUCAUUGCAGCUGAGCUUUAAUUUGAGGCAAAAUGCAUUAGUUAAUUACUUACAGUACUCGUGCAGUUUAGUUGCAGCAUUAAUCUCAGUUACAGACAGACUUGUGUGGCCUCGCCUCACGGCUGUCUUGUACAACUGUGUCCAUCGUGUCUUCACGAUGAGCUAUUGGCACAGCUAAUGGGACAUGUAUAAAAUGAUGCUUCCUCCCUAAACUGCGGUCAAUACAAGAAGGCUAACUGAAUGCUAACUCUCCUAGUGUUGCAUGACCUCAAUACAUUCACAGAAGCAUGUAUUUAAGUUCAAGGAAACCUGUGAAAAAACCUACGAAAACUAUUUAAUAGGAUACCUAUAUUUAUCUCAAUAUACACUUACGUACUUUUAAAUGUGAUAACAAAGCAAUCUGGAACGUAUAAGAAGGGGAAUUGACAUUCAGCUGACGAUUUAGAGAUGAGGAUGACCAUGACGGAGAUGAUAGCGUUAAUCCGAUAAUCCUUGAAGAUAUGCAGAUCGUUGCUAUGUUUGCUUCAUGAUAUGAACAAUGACACUUGUUAUUUCGAGCACUUGUUGGGGUAGCCCCAUUUCAGGGACUGUCUGUUGGACAGAGUGCCAAAGACAUGCAUGCGCGUAAUACCCUAGCCAUUUGGCAGGACAAAUGGAGGUACAGUAAUAUAUCUGUGGUAGAUGCAUCCCUCAAUCCCAAAAUAUGAGCGCUAUCUCAAUUCUGUCCUCGUACUCGAAGGAGAGAUGGUUUAUAUAUUGCCAACAGCUGAAGUAUGUAGCUGUGCAGCAACUCUUAACUACACAGUUCUAGGUCUCUCAUGACAUUGCUGAGUCUGCUGCCUUUCUACAUCUUUUUCAUAGAGGUCUUUAGGGCGCAUGAGAGUAAUAGCUGUUUCGCCAGUGCAAAUUACAUGGUAAAUGGAUUCAGUCUUAUUUACCCUUUGGUAAAUAUUGGUUUGACUCUUAAUGUCUAAGGUGUUUCUAAUGUGUCUGAUCUGUCGGUGGGGAUGAGAAAGACCCGUUUACGUUUUUAAGCCUAAAUGUCUACUACCAUUGCCGCAGUUUGCACUCAGGGUGCCUCGCUAGAUAGACAGAAGUGAGGUUCUUAUCUCCUGGUCCCUCCCUCUGCCCUUACCAUGUUCCUUUCCUGUCUUGUGUCUUCAAAUGAAAUGAGACGCAUUGGAAAGGAACUUGACUCUGACAAUAAUAUGGGUCUGGAACCCUGCUUGUUGAUGCUUCCAUUUAAAAUUAUAACAACAUGAUGUUAUUGUGUUCUUACUGUAACACACUUCCCCUCUUGAUGUGACUAUGUAGGUACACAAUUAUGUGGUGUUUAUUUGUGUGUGUGUGUGUGUGUGUGUGUGUGUG